UCUACUGACAUAGCCCCAGCAGACCGUAUGAGUAUCAACACUACAGAACAUUUGUGAUAAGUAAUGUGGAUUUAACAGUACACUUUGGUUUUAAUAUUUGAUUCAAAGUUGUUAGAUACUUAGUUUUUUUGUUAAAAUGGAAAAUGUGCCUGGAGAUAUCGAAAGCGAGGAUCCCGAAGUCGCUGAAAUUAGAAGAAAAAUAAGAUACUUGGUGGAUGAGCGGCCGGAAAAUGACCCGGAAGUCAUAGAAGCACUCAAGUACAUAUCAACAUUUUACACUGAAAAUACAGAAGAAUCAUUGAAAAAUCUAGAAACUACUUUGAAAGAGCGAGGUCAAAUGCUCGAUGAAGAAGAGGCAAAAGCUUAUAAAGCUGUGAAAGAUAUUUUGGAUCGUAUGAACAUUGGUGCAAAAGGCAUGGGCAAACAUAUGGAUGAAGUUACUGAUUUGUUACAAAAGGCAAAAUCAGAUUCUACAGAUAUUAUUGCAAAAGCUAAAAAAUUGCAAUUUGAAGUUGACAAAGUUACAAAACAACAAGAAAUAAUUGCUGCCUUGAUAGAAACUUUUACCUUAACAGAUGAAGAAACAGCAAUACUGCAAGGCAGUUCAAAAGAUGCACCAAUAACUGAAGAAUUCUUUUCUGUACUAGAUAGAGCUCAGGAAAUUCAUAAUAACUGUCAGCAAUUGUUAAAACUAGGCAUGCAAACUUUAGCAUUAGAUAUAAUGCAGGAUAUGACUUCAGUUCAAGAGGCUGCUCUGGAAAGAAUUUACAGGUGGAUGCAAACUCAAUGCAGACAUGUUGAGAAUGAACAACUAAUUCCACUUCUUGUAAAAUCUAUGAGUAAACUCCAAGCUAGGCCAGUUUUAUUUAAAUACAUUCUAGAUGAAUAUUGUACAAAUAGAAGAUCAACAAUAGUAAGUGCCUUUAUUGAUGCUUUGACAUUAGGAAAAGGUCAAGGGAGCGAUUCUAAUCCCAUUGAAAUGCAUGCUAAUGAUCCAAAACGAUAUGUUGGAGAUAUUCUUGCUUGGUUACAUCAAGCUAUUCCAGUGGAAAAAGAAAAUCUCUUAGUUUUAUUGAAACUCUGUGAUAAAACAAAUAUGACAGAUCAAAUAGACCAAGCUCUUAGUACUAUAACAGAAGGUUUAUGCCAUCCAUUAAAAUCUAGGAUAGAACAUAUUGUGGCAGUAGAGGCACCAUCAACAGUACUUUAUUCUGUUACAACAUUAAUUAGAUAUUAUAGAGCUACUCUGAAACCAAUCAUGCAUGACAGUGUUUUAGAUAGAAUGUUUGGUGACUUAUUGGAUUUGAGUGAAAAAAGUUUUGUUAGUCGAUUGCAAAGAGAAACUAGAACUGCACUGGGUGAAAGAGCUGAACCACCUGCUAAUGAUUUAGUGCCAUCUCCUUCUGUAUCCAGAUUACUGUCAUUGCUCAAUGAAGUAUUAUCAGUAGCAAGUAUUGCUGAAGAUAGAGAAAAAGAUAUGCUGCAGAUUGUUUCUUGUAUUAUUGACCCACUUCUGCAAGAAGUAAACGAAACUGCUUCAAGACUUCCAACUGUUGAUAUGGCAGUCUACCUUUUGAAUUGUAUGCAUCAAAUACAUUCCACUCUAGCACUCUAUGAAUACAUGGACCAACGAUUGGAGAGAUUACAAGCACAAUCAGACGCCCAAAUCGAUACUUUAACGUCGGAGCAAGCGAGCUCCUUGGUCGCCCAUUUAAAUCUAGGACCGAUAUACACAAUUUUACAAGGCAAGGAUCAAGGGCCGUUAUCGACGAUACCCGGAAUGGACCCGUUAAGCAUCAAAGAAUUCACGAACAAGUUGGACACGUUCCUGGUGAUGCCGGACGUGCUGCUGCUGCCGCAGAUAUCGCUGCUGCAGAGCAGCGUGCACCGCUCGAGCACGCAGCGUCGGGCCUUCGAGGUGAUCGGGGCGAUCUACAAGCAGCUAUACGAGGCCUGCUACGACCCGAGGAAUCAGUAUCAGAAUCCGGGCGCCCUGUUCACCCACACGCCCGAUCAAUUGUCGAAGGCCCUUCUCGAGCACUGACUCGAGUGUUACAUCGUGCAUCGUGGACGAUACGAAAUUUUAAAUGUUCCAAAGUAUUUUAUCAAUAAUAAAAGAUAUACGUUGAU